GUUUUGGGCUCAAGUGGUGCCAAAUCGCAGGACAGACACAAACCAGUGAUGAGUUGCUUUCAAACACAACAAACCAAUUGCGAGGCCGAGACUCUCCGCGUCUUCCGAUUACUCACAUCUCAGGUCUUCGGGAAACUCAUCUCAGGAGAGGCCGACUCGGAGAGUGUGAAGAAUGAGACGCCAGGCCUUCAAUCGGAACAGUCGGUGCCCGACAGCGGAGCCAACGGUGCGGCCAAUGAUUUGCGCGAACAUAUGGUCGGCAUUCUGUUCAGUCAAUCGGGAAAACUAUCGCAUCUCCAGAAACAGGUGUGCGCACAUAUAGUUCAGGCCAUUCGAGUGGAAGCCCUUCGCCAGAGAGAGGAAUGGGAGGCACUGUUGUGCUCGAAGUCGUCGUCGGUGUCAUUGGGCGGCGAAAUCCCGUCCGACGCCUACUGUUUCGAAAUGCUGUCAAUGGUGUUGGCGCUGAGCGGGUCGUCCGUCGGGCGCCAGUACUUAGCCCUUCAGAACGACCUGUUGCUCGACCUCUUGAACCUCUUGCACACCGGAUCCGCUCGAGUCCAGCGACAAGUGAUCGCUCUUUUGCGUCGAGUUUUGCCCGAAAUAAAGCCAUUAGUUUUCGGCAAAAUGUUUGGCAUCCCUUCCCUCCCGCCCCGGGAUGUCAUUGUGUCGAACGAUAAGCACGAGUUCGACAUCCAUUCGGUCGGAAUUCUGGACGUAUUCCUCGCGUGUAUCGCAAAGUCACUGACAGUUCAGACCAAAGUGAAGGGCAGUGUCGGCGGCACCGGUAGUAAGAGUGUGACGACUGUCACGUUGGCCACAGCUAUACACCCGAGAGACCCGUUGGGAGAGCGCUGGUGGUUGAGGGGCUGUCUGUCCCGCAAACUCUCUGAGUGUAUAAUCGGGUUAUUGAAGGACAUGUCGGCCGGAAAGCUGAGCGACUCGUGGGCUGUCGUCACCAAAAACGCUAUUUCCCAGAAUGUCCUCAAUUUGACACUAAUUGAUGAGCGCAUGAGAGGUCCGACGGAAUGCAUCAAAACGCCGACCCUUUGGUUGGCUUUGGCCUCACUCUGUGUGUUAGAGUCAGAACACGCGGAAAGGCUGUCCUCUAGUCAUUGGGUGACUGCCGGCGAUCAGGAGAAUGGGAACCAACAGUCGAGGCCCUUGUGUGACAAUCACGAGGACGGGGAGACUCCGGCUAUCAUUCUGUGCAACAGUUGCGGCAAUUUGUGCGCCGAUUGCGACCGAUAUCUUCACUUACACUCCAAGACCCGAUGCCAUCAAAGACAGAUCUUCAAAGAGGAAGAGGAGGCCAUUCGAGUGGAUCUACACGAGGGUUGCGGUCGAAUCAAACUGUUUUGGGCGAUGGCUUUGGCGGACUCCAAGACAUUGAAAGCGAUGGUUGAGUUCAAAGGCGAGUCGACCAGAACUAAGGCGUCGCUCAUGAGUGGCGAGAAGUCGGUGUCUGCGGCCAUAACAGGCAUCUGUCGCUUCUGUGGCACCACUGGAAACACCGGACUCCUGGCCAUCGGCAACGUCUGCAGUGAAGUCGAGUGUCAGGAGUACGCGAAGAACGCGUGCCAUAAGAGCCUCUCGUGUGGCCAUCAAUGCGGAGGAAUAGCUAACGAACGCAAGUGUUUGCCGUGUCUUCAGGGCUGUAGUGGCGGUCAACUGAGACAAGACGGCGACGACAUGUGUAUGAUUUGCUUCUGUGAGGCCCUGUCCUGCGCGCCGGCCAUUCAGCUCGACUGCGGACAUGUGUUUCACUAUCACUGCGCUCGAGCGGUUCUCGAGAACCGGUGGUCGGGUCCGAGGAUUACCUUCUCGUUCUCCAUGUGUCCGAUCUGUAAGAAUCGUAUCCAACACUCGGCUUUGGAGGAGAUAUUGGCGCCCAUUAGGGGUCUCUACGAAGACGUGCACCGGAAGGCACUCAUGCGACUCGAGUACGAAGGCCUCCACCGGUGCGAAGCCAUCACCGGAAUGGGCGGCCGUUUCCACAACGACGCGGCCAACUAUGCGAUGGAAAGGUAUGCGUAUUAUGUUUGUCACAAAUGUCGGAAAGCCUACUAUGGAGGGGAAGCGCGUUGUGAUGCGGAACUGGGUGUCGGCGAUAACUACGACCCCUCGGAGCUCGUGUGCGGCGGCUGUUCGGACGUAUCGCGCGCUCAGAUGUGUCCCAAACACGGCACCGACUUCUUGGAGUACAAGUGCCGCUACUGUUGCUCUGUCGCCGUCUUCUUCUGCUUCGGCAGCACUCACUUCUGCAACGCCUGUCACGACGACUUCCAGAAGCUCACGAAUCUCAGGGAAUUCCCCAAAUGCCCGGCCGGUCCGCGCGGUAAACAAUUGGAUGGCGACGAGUGUCCCCUCCAUGUCAUACACCCGCCCACUGGCGAGGAGUUCGCCCUGGGAUGCGGUGUCUGUCGAAAUGCUCACACUUUCUAAUUGUUAUCAAUAGUUGUUGUUUUCUAAUCCCUUUCCCAUCCCUUUCCAGUCAUUCGCUGUUUUAUGCAUUAAUUUAUUGAAUCGUUUGUUGACUCCAAUAAUAACUCAUUUGUAUCUCUCAAUGACUCCACGG